UUAUCAGAUGCGAACGUUCUUUAACGGAUGUCUGAUUAAUCAUAGUAAUUCCCCUUGAUGAGUAGUUUUUUGUUAUAUUUUUUGGUGUCUAUUAAUAGUUCGCGAUUACUCGGUCAGUGGCAAACCGAUAUUUUUGAUUGUAAAAUGAAAUCCAAUUAUGUGUUACGUUUGUUGCUAAUUUUAGUGUGCGCAUUAAUUGGAAUACACUCUCAAAUGUGUAUUACAUUAAAAUUUACAACAAGAUUAGUCCCGGAGACGUUUCUUACUUACGACCUUAACGACGAGUUUGUUUUGAUUACCAAGAAGACAUAUGCAACGAAAUACGACAUUACGGAACACAAAAUUUGCUGUGACGGAUACAAAAUAGAAGACGGCGAGGAACCUAGCAACACGACAUGCAAACCUGAAUGUCACUCAGAUUGUAAGAAUGGCUACUGCAAGCGCCCUGACGAGUGCGCGUGUAACGCUGGGUACACACUGCGCAAUGACACCUGCACUCCGCACUGUGAGCACUGUGAGCACGGCGCCUGCGUCGCUCCUAACAUGUGCUGGUGCGACGCCGGGUACAGAAUCGAGGACGGCAUCUGUCAGCCCGUGUGCACCACUCCUUGUGUCCACGGCACCUGUGUAGCCCCAGACACGUGCCAAUGUCUUCCUGGGUACAGAAAAACUACAAAGAUUGCAUGUUACUGUUGCACUACUAUGGUAUGUAAAUAUAGUACAACCUGUAGCUGCGGCUUGUAUUUACACUUACGGAAAGAAGAAACUGAAUCGAACGAAUGCGUUCCUGAAUGUAAUCGUCCAUGUGGUAAUGGAACCUGUGUUAAUCCGAACCAAUGCGAAUGCUUUCCAGGGUACUCAGUCAAUAACUAUACCCAGAUGGAUCCUUUGGACACACCCGUGUGUGUGUUAACGGACGAAAUAAGUACCACAAGGGCACCUACGACUAGCCUUCCGUUGAGUAAAACGACAACAUACAAAUUAUUAACCGAAUCAAACACUACGGCAUCUUCAAAAAAUCUAUAUUUUACUAAGGUUCAUAAUUUUACAACUGUUGUCCAUAAUUUUGAAAGCACAACAACGCCUGAAAGUAAAUUAUUAACAGAUGUAAACUACCCGAUGGCCAUAAACGCUACAACAAUGGUACCUACAGACGUGACAUUAACCAACAAGGCAGAAUACGGGUCUACUACCACCACCGUGUCAUACUUUGUAAGCGAUAUGACCGUUACCGAAGGAGCAAAACUUAACAUCACAAGCACUGAAAGAAUAAAUGCUGAGUCAUGGAUGCAACAAAAUGGAAUAUUCGUUUGGAUAUCAGUUGUGUUACUAUUAGUUGGAAUCAUAAUACUAUUAGUUUGGCGACGGAUACCAAUGAGGAUUAUCGACAGGUUCAGAGGAAGAAGUUAUUAUGUCUACAGAUAUCAUAAUGCGGACUUGUUCAACAUUAAAUGUUAUUACGCUAACACGUUAGCGAAAAUAAAAAUGUUAAUAAAUCCUGUGAUUUUCGUGCUGAUUAUAGUUUCUACAUUAGUGGAUGUAGAGUGUCAAGUUUGUUUCAAAGCAGUAAGGGGAUAUGUUGCGAGAAGGAGGUUUAUUAUAACUAGAAUCUGCUGCGAAGGAUACACCUUAGAAGCUGACCAUAAGGAAGUCAGUGUGGAUACUUGCAAACCGAUUUGCACAACAAACUGCACGAAUGGCUACUGCAAGCGCCCUGACGAGUGCGCGUGUAAUGCUGGGUACACACUGCGCAAUGACACCUGCGCGCCGCUCUGUGAAGACUGUUCGCAUGGCGACUGCGUCACUCCGGGCACCUGCCGGUGCUCCGCCGGGUACGAUCUCGUGGCCGGCACGUGUCAGCCCGUGUGCACCACUCCUUGUGUCCACGGCACCUGUGUAGCCCCAGACACGUGCCAAUGUCUUCCCGGGUACAGACAAAGUGAUUUAAAGGGCAGUGAUUGUGAACCAAUAUGUUCCAGCGGUUGCAUUUAUGGUGAUUGCAAGGCUCCGGAAAAAUGCGUCUGUCACUCGGGUUGGCGGAACAGUAAUGGCACUUGCUCACCAGUAUGCAACGUUCCAUGUGGUAAUGGCACUUGUAUUUUCCCAAACGUAUGCGCGUGUUUUUUGGGAUACAGAAAUACUAUGUUAAGAAGCCGAGGUGUAGAUGACGCUCCAGUGUGUAAACCUGUUUGCAAAAAUUGCAAUGGCGUCUGUAUUGCCCCUAAUCAAUGUAAAGAGGAAACUCAAACAAUGAUUGCACUCGCAACGACAAGCACAAACAGCCCUAACAAUAAUCUGACAGUCGGUAUUCUAAUGACUCAGUCAUAUUCUUCAUUUUACUGGAGUUCUACGGAAAACUUAGAUCAUAUCGAGAACUCUACUGUCACAUUGGAAAAACUUACGGAAUAUUCAUGGAUGAAAGAGCAUCAAAUUAUUCUGAUAUCGCUUGUGGUAAUCGUUACUACUGGGAUAGUAGUGUUCAUUGUUUGGCAACGACUACCUAUGAAGAUCAUAUAUUUCUUUAAAGGCAAGAACUAUAACAUUAAAGGUGCCGGUCUAAGAAGAAAUAUCAGCAACUCAUUUGUAAACAUACAGUUCUUAUCACAACUUGAAUCACGGAGUUGAAUCGUUAUUGUUAAUUUCAGAUACAUUUUUAAACUAAGGUAGUUGUUUUAUGCAGGUAUUUAAAAACACUAUUCAGUUUUAAACUGAUUACGUAUAGAGCGUGGCUCGUUGUUUUACUAGGUGGAUCGUGAAACUGAAUAAUUUAUUAUUAUGGCCUACUUAGGAUCGAAUUGCUACGCAAUCUGAACAGAAAGGUUUUCCGUGUCUUAUUGCAUAUAAUUACGGUAAUGGUUUCUUUGAAUCGCAUGAUUAAAUCGGACGAGUUUCGAGGAGAGAAAAUAAUUUUGUAUAAUAAAAUGAUGAUCGUAACGACUCAAUAUGGGUAUUUUUGUUUUACACAGUACUUUCCUUGCGAAAUUAAACAUUUGUAGUAAGAAAAUACUUUGAUUGAAUGCCACCCUUGCAUAAUUGCUAAUGUUAAUUAAAUUAGGAUUUAUUA